AUGAACACCAUAUACAAUGAGUCUCUCAUCUUCAAGAAGAAAGAAGUCUCGCUGAGUGCAAUGACGUUCCUGUACCAGGAGAUGAUAUCGAAUAUUCACAACGAUUGUAAGGAUAUAAAUGAGUUUGAGACAAGGCUGAGUAAGAUGGGCUACAACAUAGGCUUGAGAUUGAUAGAGCUGCUGAACUUUAGAGCCUCUGCCACUUUUACUUCAAAGAACUUCUUGUCGUCGGGAUCAAACACAAGCAACGGUAGCUCAGACGCUACCAUCACGGCCUCUGACCAAGAAUCCUCCCUAACAAGCUUUAUCAAUCGUAUGAGGAGGAGAGAUUUGAAGAUACUAGAUGUAUUGCAAUUCAUACACGGGUCCCUGUGGUCUUACCUUUUUGGCCAUGUAAGUAACGACUUGGUCAAAUCAUCAGAGCGCGAAAAUGAAUAUAUGAUCGUGGACAACAAACCUAAACUAACCCAAUUCAUAUCAGGGAAGAAUGUCUCUUGCGACUAUUUUGUUUGUGGUAUAAUACACGGUUACUUAACAUCAGCAGGUUUCCCAUGCAAAGUUACUCCACACUCAAUGCCACAGGAUGGCCACGAUAACAGAGUAGUUUUCCUGAUCCAAUUCGAUAAGCAAGUGCUUGAAAGGGAAGGCCUGAGGAUUUCUCAGUGA